AUGGAAAUGGAAAUGGGAAGGGAGUGUUUCAUGGAGGGUCACUCGGGUGAUUGUGGAGUGGAGGUAUGAUUGUGUAUCUUUCACUUCUUGCCCUGCCUGGCUGUGUGGGGAUUAUGCUGCUGUGGCUGAUUGCUAACGUUUAUCUAUCUCAUGCAUAGCGAGGCAAUGCAUCGAAAUCGACCAACCAAGGAAACCCAACUCCACCAACCUCGCCCACCACCAGCGUUUCCAAAAAGCGUGCGCAAUCCCCAUCGCUCUCCUCCUCCUCCUCCUCGUCACCACCACCACCAAAACGGCGCGUCCUCCUCCCUUCCCUACCGGAUGAGACGGUUCUACUUCUCACCCUAAAGGACACGCAAAACUUGCCAUGGCCGCGGGUGCACGCCGCCUUCGCAGCCCACGGAUGGGAGCGCAAACUGGCCGUGCUCAAGGGCCGGUACAAGGCAAUCAAGGAGGGGGGCGUGUAUUGGGAGGAGGAGGACGUGGACUUGUUGUUCCGCGCCGUGUGGGAGGUAGAGAGGGAGUUUGAGAGGGGGCGGUGGGAUGCUGUUGCCGAGAAGGUGAGGAGUUGGGGCGGCUGCGGGGGCAGGGUUGGGAGUGGGGAGUGUGAGAGGAGGUGGAAGAAGGGGGGAGGGGGGAGGAUGGGGGAGGAGAAGGAGGGGGAGGGGGGAAAGGCCGAGGAGGAGGAGGAGGGGCAGGGGAAGGGGAGAGGAAAGGGGAUGUGA